GCUUAUUGAAAAUGGAGCAGAUGUCACUGAGAGGGACAAUCACAAAAACACCACCCUUAUGUACGCCGCAAAGGCCGGAAACACAAGCGCUAUUCAAAUGCUGUUAGAGAAAGGCGUGGGAUUAGACGAGAAAAACGAUGACGGCGCGACUGCUCUUAUCCUCGCAUCGCAAGAAAUGAACGUGAAAACUGUCGACUUUCUGCUUAAAGAAGGCGCGAACAUCAAUGAAAAGAAGAAUGAUGGC